UUCGCAAGAAAUUCACAUCCUUUGUUGUGCUCUAACGGUCUGUCGCACUACCACCAACUCCAUCGACACCACCACCAACACCAUCGACACCACCACCACCACCACCACCACCGCUAGCUCCACCUCCUCUGCCAAUGAGAUCGCACCAGCGACUGUUGCCGGGAGCCGCUGGAGACGACGAACGAGAUGAGCUGCCUUUUCUGCACAGCCUCUCGAGUGGAGCGGACGCGUUUCUCCAAGCCCGGACGUGCUUUGUCAAGAACAAGUUGGUGUUGGUGCGUGUGUGUGUUAGCGGCGAUUUUGGAGAAAAUUCUUUGAUAGCGUCUCAAUUUUUGACGGUGCAACAAUGGAUCUUAGCAACAAAGACGCCACCGGCUGCGGUUCGGAUUCGUCGAACGAUGGGCACGAUUUGGCGUCGGCGAGCUUUUACGAGCUGGACCGGCCGGCUUUGUCCUUCUCGCCGAUGGAAACGGAUGAUGGGCCGGCGGCUUCGGCCUCACCCAUUCCGCCGCUGCCGGCGUCCCCGGAGCAGCAGGUGAUGGAUUUGUCGGUGGGCGGCGGGCCAUCGGCGCGCACAACGGCGCAGGCGACCGAGGCAGGGCCGGUGAACGCCGCAUCAGCGUCCUUUGGGCGCCCGGUAGUGCUGCUGCAGGACGAAGUGAAGUCGCGCUUGAUCCAGCGUCACUGCAGUGUGGCGAACUUGCGGUCCGACACGAUUAUGGUGAUCGUCGGCCCCUCGCCGAUGGGUGCCGCGGGCCACACCGCGACACCGGCCAGGCAGGCGGGGGCUGGUUUGGGCGCGAUCCGUCAUCGUCGGAACAGUACGGCCGGCACAUCGACGGCGGCGGCAGGCGGGCAGCUGCGGCGAUGCGGGCGCACGCGGCGCGAGUCGGUGAAGCGCCCGCUGGACGACAUGGCGGCGGAGGAGUGGGAAAACGCGCGCAGCGGUUUGUUCUCGCCGCGCCCGGUACGCCCGACGCCAGCGCAGGAAAAGGCGGCUAGCGACGACGAAACCAUUGCGUGCAAGCAGCGGGAAGCGGACGCGGAGAAGGAGCGCAAGCGUGAGUGAGCGCUUUUGUUCCGUAGGACUUUUUUUUUCUUUACUUUUUUUUUCCUUAACGCGUUGAUGUUUUUCUAACAAAAGAAAAGGCGUUGUUUUUUCCGCUGAACAAUCGCCGACUGAAUACAUUGCAACUAUAAUUCGAAUGAAAGGCGGGUGAACUAUUUUGUUGCAAUGAAAUGAACUAAAAAAAAAAUCGUUAAUUUGAAUUCAGGCAUCAAUCGACACACAACCAUUGUAAGAUGCGCGGCCCGUUUUUGAGACACCCGAUGUGCCAUGACGAACGAUGUGAAUUACCAAUAAAGAUGAGUUCAACUACCAA